GUUCCAUGGACCUGGCGGGGAAAAUAGCGACACUCUUGGUGGAAACUGGUCCAGUGAUGGCCGCCGCCUGGAUUACUCGCAAGGCGGAACUAAUCCACCUCAUGGGUGUAACACCUCCAGAAGGAGAAGCGCAGAUAGUUUGAUUCCGAGAUCCCAUGCCUAGCAGUUAUACAUAGCCUGUCUCUCAGGCUAUCUUGCCUCCACGACGAUAAAAACCCAGGGCCAUUCGCCUAUCAAUUCCUGGAUACCCUGGCACUCCUUUCCCUUCCCUCAGUAACAUUAUGGUCAAAAGGGUUCUCUGUUCUUUCGGUGUCGAUGUCGAUGCUGUCUCAGGAUGGCUUGGAUCAUAUGGCGGCGAAGAUUCCCCGAACGACAUUUCACGGGGAAUUUUUGCAGGCGAGGUUGGUGUACUGCGGCUGCUAAAGCUGUUUAAAAAGUACAAUCUGAAGACGACGUGGUUUAUCCCGGGCCAUUCUCUCGAAACCUUUCCCAAGGAGAUGGCUGCCGUCCGGGAUGCUGGUCAUGAAAUCGGUCUUCAUGGCUACUCUCACGAAAAUCCCUGCUCAAUGACUGCUAAGCAGCAACAAGAAGUUUUGGAUCAUACGCAUAAGCUGCUGACUGAUUUCUGCGGGAAACCCCCAGUAGGCUCGGUUGCUCCUUGGUGGGAGACGUCCAAGGAAGGCGUAAAGCUUCUCCUCGAAAAAGGAAUUCAGUAUGACCAUUCCUCCCAGGCUCACGAUUGCUUGCCGUUUUGGACCAGAGAUGAGGACACUUGGACAAACAUUAACUACUCUGCGGAGUCCGCCAAUGAAUGGAUGAAGCCUCUUCAGAGAGGCACUCCCACUACGUUGGUGCAAAUCCCGGCUAAUUGGUACCUCGAUGAUUUGCCCCCUCAUAUGUUCAUUAAGAACUCGCAUAACUCUCACGGCUUUGUCGAUUCCGACGUCACAUUGAAGCUAUGGAAAAAGCAUUUCGAGUACUUCUAUCGCGAGUACGAUUGGUUCAUCUUCCCUCUCACAAUACAUCCUGAUGUUUCUGGACGUCCUCAUAUUCUGUUAAUCUUGGAAGAACUUAUCGAAUGGAUCAAUACACACGGAGGUGUUGAGUGGGUUACCAUGAAGCAAAUCAACGACGAGUUUCGUCGACAGAACCCAGUUCCUGAUGGUGCUAUUGGCGGACCGAGCCAGUAAUUGCCUGCGUCGCGUCCUUGCAGACGCAAACGUACUCAGAAGGCAUUAUAUAUGUAACAGCAAAGUAGUUUUCAGAAUCGCAUGUGUUAU